AUGGAUUCGACCAUCGGUGCCGACUCCCAGGAGGAGCUGCAGGACUUAAUGAGCUACCUUGUUGCCACGGAGAUCUUCAACUUUACUGAUCUCGCUGUUUUUGUGGUGAUUCUCUAUGAAUACCUGAUAACGGUCGACCGCGAAGUUCACUUUGCCUGGGGCCGUAAACUCUCAUGGGCAAGAUGUGUUUUCCUCCUGAACCGGUACCUCACUAUCCUGGUCUACCUGGUUGUCUUGGGUCCGCUGUUGCCUACCGUCAAUACUUUUAACUCGUUAACGUACUUCUACAGAGCCUUCGCCGGAAUCCGUAUAUAUGCGAUCAGUGCGCGCAAUCGGGUCGUAUCGGUCAUUGUCGUUGCACUCGCUCUGGUACCUGCGGUCACCAAUGCGUACGUUUCCACUCUGACACCGGUCGCCGUCACUCCUCAAGGCUGCAUGGGCUCAAUGAACUUGUCGAUCAUAACAUGGACUACGCUGACUUGGAUCAAGACUUGGAGCACCAUUCGUGCCGCAGAGAGGCUCAACGUGAAGAUGUCCUUCACAAACCUGGUUCUGAAAGAAGGCAUGCUUUACUUCAGCAUCGCGUUGUCCCUCAAUAUCGUGCAGAUCAUCUUCGACUUUGUGGAGGUCGAUGACUUUUCGCUGAUACUUCCCUUCCUCAAUAUGUUCACACCCAUUCUCAUCUCGCGCUUCUUCCUGGACCUUGAUGAUCUUGUGACCACACAUGACCCGCAGUCGCCUUGGACUACUUUGACAGGGACGGGUCGGCAGGCGAUCGAGUCCACUAUCCGUUUUGCGGAUCUCAGCAGGGCGACUUCGAGCUACCCGCAAUCUGCUGCACAUAUCACUGGAUUCCACAGCGAGGGUGGCAUUGAGGAUAUUGACUCUCUGUUUACAGAGAAGGGAUACCGACCGUCGGAGACCUGGUAG